AUAAUGCAGGAAAGACAACUUUGCUGCAUAUGUUAAAAAAUGAUCGCCUGGCAACUUUACAACCUACAUUACAUCCUACUUCAGAGGAAUUAUCAGUAGGAAAUGUUCGUUUCACAACUUUUGAUCUUGGUGGACAUCAUCAAGCUCGGCGUCUUUGGAAAGAUUAUUUCCCAGAAGUUUCUGGAAUUGUUUUCAUGGUUGAUGCUCAAGAUCGUGAACGAUUUACAGAAUGCAAAACUGAAUUAGAUGCACUUUUAUCCAUUGAAGAACUUACUUCAGUACCUUUCCUAAUUCUUGGAAAUAAAAUUGAUGCACCUGGGGCUGUAUCUGAAGAAGAAUUACGACAUGCUCUUGGAUUAUAUCAAACUACUGGAAAGGGCAAGGUUCCAUUGAAAGAAAUUCGCCCUAUUGAAGUUUUUAUGUGUUCAGUUGUUAUGAGGCAAGGUUAUGGUGAAGGUUUUCGUUGGUUAUCUCAAUAC